GUUGAGAAUCGGCGGUGCUAUCAUUUCCGAAACCAAAAUGAAGAAGAAAGUUGGGAUAAUCGGUGCAGGAGUCAGUGGCCUACUUGCUUGCAAGCAUGCAAUGGAGAAGGGUCUUUAUCCUAUGGUAUUUGAAGCUCGAAGUUGUAUAGGAGGUGUUUGGUGUGAAACUAUACAGUCUACCAAGCUCCAAACACCCAAAUAUUUUUACCAGUUCUCGGAUUUUGCUUGGCCUGAUUCCGUUAAAGAGAUCUUCCCUGACCACAAUCAGGUGUUGGAGUACCUCCAAGCUUAUGCUGUUCAUUUUAACAUACUUCCAAGGAUCAAAUGUAACUGCAAAGUUACUUGCUUGGACUAUGCUACACUGUCUAAUGAUGAGGAUAUGCUUUCUUGGGAUUUGUGGGGUGGCACCGGUAGUGCCAUCUCUCCCUCCGGGAAAUGGGAUGUCACCGUGCAGGAUGUUCGAGAUCCCCGUGCACCAGUUGAGGUGUAUAGACUAGAUUUUGUGAUCCUUUGCAUUGGCAGGUACAGUGACCUGCCGAAUGUGCCGAAUUUUCCUGUGAACAAAGGAAUUGAAGUGUUUGGAGGUCAAGCCUUGCAUUCCAUGGAUUUUGCUGCUAUGGAUGAUGAUUCUGCUGCUGAGUUUGUACGAAAUAAGCGAGUUGCGGUGAUUGGCUUUCAGAAAUCGGCAGUAGAUGUAGCAGCAGAAAUUUCUAGUAGAAAUGGGGUAGAGCAUCCAUGUACGCUGGUAUUCAAAACAGUCCACUGGACGGUUCCUGAGCAUUUACUCUUGCUAACCUUCAGAGGUUUGAAUCGCUUCUCAGAGUUGCUAGUUCACAAGCCUAGUGAAGGAUUCUUUGCUUGGGUCUUAACCAUGUUGCUUUCACCUCUGCUCUGGAUAUUUUCGAUAUUAAUGGAACGCUAUCUCAAGUGGAUAUACCCAUUGAAGAAAUACAAUAUGAUCCCUGCCCAUGGAUUCCUCAAAGAGAUAUCCUCAUGCAUGAUCACGGUGUUGCCUGAUAAUUUCUAUCACAGAGUCGAAGAAGGAAGCCUUAUCCUGAAAAAAUCAGAGAGUUUCGUCUUUUGUGAAAAUGGGAUAAUUUUAGAAGGUGAGAAAAUCCCUUUAGAAACCGACAUUGUUAUCUUUGCAACUGGAUUUAAAAGUGAUGAAAAGAUCAAGAUGAUGUUCAAAUCUGACUACUUUGGGAACUGCAUUACUGGGACAUCAGCUCCCUUUUACAGGGAGUGCAUUCAUCCGCGAAUCCCGCAGCUAGCAAUACUUGGAUAUGCAGACAGUCCUGCAACUUUAUAUACCACAGAAAUGAGAAGCAAGUGGGUGGGGCAUUUUCUUGCAGGGAAAUUCAAGUUACCAAGCAUAAGUGAAAUGGAAGCUGACGUUAAAAGAUUGGAAAACAGUGCGAAGUAUUACGCAAAAGAGAGCUAUAGAAGAUCUUGCAUAAGUGUGCUGCUGCAAAUCUACUGCAAUGAUCAACUGUGCAAGGACAUGGGUUACAAUCCAAGAAGAAAACGCUGUUUUCUUGCUGACUUAUUUUCUCCUUACUGUCCUAAUGAUUACAAAUACAUAAAUUUUCAGUAACCCUUCAAGUUGUUUGAAAACUUGCCUGCCUCAUUACAAUUUUACUCUACUUGAUCUGAUGUAGGUUGGUUGGAUUUUAAUCAAUUUUCAGAAUCUGACUCGAUUAAAGGUUCAAUUUGUUUUCUUUGUUUUUGAGUUAACGUAUAUGCUGUUUCUUUCAGAUUCAGAAUGGUAGGUUUGGUCGUUCAUGUGUGAUUUAUUUAUUAUUUUUUCGGUCUACUUAUUAUUCAUCAGGUA